GAGGUGGGGCUGGUGGCGGCGUUGCUCUUUUGGUCCCUCAGGUCUAGGUCUUCCAUCCUUUGCUCUGCCGCUGGCCCAGCUCCCACGGCCCGGCGUCCGCCGCUUGGCCCUGCGCCCUCCUUUCGGGGCCGUGCCCGGCCAUGGGCCCGGCGGGCCGCCCUCGGACCCGAGCCCGGCUCCGCCGCUGUCGGGAGAUCCCGCGGCCGGCUCGGAGGACGGCGCGCGCCUCCGCGCUGUGUUCGACGCCCUGGACGGGGACGGGGACGGCUUCGUCCGCAUAGAAGACUUCGUCCAAUUCGCCACGGUCUACGGGGCGGAGCAGGUAACGGACUUGACCCAGUACUUAGACCCCAGUGGGCUCGGCGUGAUCAGUUUUGAAGACUUCUGCCAAGGGAUCUCGGCCAUUAGAAGUGGAGAUCCCGAUGGCGAGUUGUACAGCGUGCCACCUGCCCAGGAUGAGGGUCCUCCCACUUGUGCCGAUGAGUUUGAUGACUUUGUCACCUACGAGGCCACUGAGGUGACAGACAGUGCAUAUAUGGGCUCUGAGAGCACCUACAGUGAGUGUGAGACCUUCACUGACGAGGACACCAGCACCCUGGUGCACCCUGAACUGCAUCCUGAGGGGGACGCCGACAGUGCAGGGGGCUCGGCUGUGCCCUCUGAGUGCCUGGACACCAUGGAGGAGCCUGACCAAGGCGCGCUGCUGCUGCUUCCAGGCAGGUCCCGUACCCGUGGCCAGGCUGUCGUCAUGGUGAUUGGUGGUGAGGAGCAUUUUGAGGACUAUGGGGAAGGCAGCGAGGUAGAGCUGUCCCCAGAGAUCCUCUGCAACGGAGAGCUGGGGUGCAGCGAUCCUGCUUUUCUCACCCCUAGCUCCGACCCGCUUGCUGUAAAGCUGCACAGCAUCCUCACUGACGAGGCUUUUGAGUUUUACUGUAGCCAGUGCCACAAACAAAUCAACCGCCUUGAAGAUCUCUCUGCCCGCCUGAAUGAUCUUGAGAUGAAUAGCCCAGCCAAGCGGCUCUCCAGCAGGAAGGUGGCAAGGUACCUGCACCAGUCAGGGGCCCUGACCAUGGAGGCCCUGGAGGACACUCCAUCAGAACCUGUGGAGGGCCCAGAGGAGGACAUUGCUGACAAGGUUGUCUUCCUGGAGAGGCGGGUGUCAGAGCUGGAGAAGGACAGCAUGGCCGCAGGAGAGCAGCACAGCAGGCUGAGGCAGGAGAACCUCCAGCUGGUACACAGAGCCAAUGCCUUGGAGGAGCAGCUGAAGGAACAGGAGCUGAGAGCCCGCGAAAUGGUACUAGAAGAGGCCAGAAAGCAGAAAGAACUUCUGUGUAAGAUGGAGCGAGAGAAGAGCAUCGAGAUUGAGAACCUGCAGGCUAGGUUGCAGCAGCUGGAUGAGGAGAAUAGUGAGCUACGGUCCUGCACGCCCUGUCUGAAGGCCAACAUUGAGCGUCUGGAAGAGGAGAAGCAGAAGCUCCUGGAUGAGAUUGAAGGAUUAACCCUGCGGCUCAAUGAGGAGCAAGAGAACAAGAGGAAGAUGGGGGACAGGCUGAGCCAUGAGCGCCACCAGUUCCAGAGGGACAAGGAGGCAACCCAGGAGCUAAUUGAGGACCUCCGUAAGCAGCUGGAGCACCUGCAGCUCCUCCGGCUGGAGGCUGAACAGAGGCGAGGCCGCAGUAGCAGCAUGGGGUUGCAGGAGUACCACAGCCGCACCAGGGAGAGUGAGCUGGAGCAGGAGGUCCGCAGGCUCAAGCAGGACAACCGCAGCCUGAAGGAGCAGAACGAUGAGCUGAAUGGGCAGAUCAUCACUCUCAGCAUCCAGGGUGCCAGGAGUCUAUUCUCCACAGCCUUCUCUGAGUCCUUGGCUGCAGAGAUCAGCUCAGUCUCCCGCGAUGAGCUCAUGGAAGCCAUCCAGAAGCAGGAGGAGAUCAACUUCCGCCUACAGGACUACAUUGACAGGAUCAUUGUGGCCAUCAUGGAGACCAACCCAUCCAUCCUGGAGGUCAAGUAGGGCAGCAGAGCCCAGUCCGGGCAUCCCGAGUGCCCCGCCACACCAUAAGGAGCCGAGACCAGCAGGCCCCCAGCCUGCCAAACCCAGGGCAUGCAGGACCCUUAGGGAAUGGGGAAGGGAAGAAGGGGAACCUCUGGGACAGAGCCCACAGCAGGCAAGGAUUGUGGCACGUCCUCCCCACCCCAAGUUGCCGUGUCUGCUCAUCAGGGAUAGGCUCUUAAGCUGUGUGCAGAGUUCAGGACAGCCUGUCAGGCUGGGUGAGCCCUCCGACUCCCGUGCAGCAGACCCCUCUUCCCUCCAUGUAGUCCUGUCAGGCAGAAAGGAAGAAAACGGGUCUCUGUCAGGGCUGCAACUGCUCACACAAACGCCCUCACAUGGUGCCACCCCAUCCCAGCCACUCCUGAAUGUUGUCCAAGUCCUGGACCCUCCCAUGGGACAUGGUGGUAUGGGAGGGCUAGGAAGGAAGGCUGAUAUGUGUAGGUCUGGCUGGGAACCAUAGGCCCCCUAGCUCUCCCUGAGUGGCUCAUGCCAUCACCCAGAUGGCCACCUUUGCCUAGCUUCAGGACCAGGGGCCUCCAAGCCACACAGCCACCCUAUGCCCUGACUCAUUCUGGUAAUUUCAGGGGCUUUGUGGGCGGCAGAAGCGCACUAGGACUCUUUGCUCUGAUAGUAGGACUUGAGAUCUUGACUGUGUGGAACUCACUCCCUGAAUGGGGUGGACACUGCUGGCCCCUCUAACUACACAGGUCACUGCUUUGUAGGUAUGACCUGCUCUGGCCUCCUGGAGUCCACGCCCUCCCUAGGCAGACCGUCACUGCCCUGGAUGAAGUCCACAUUUCCCAUGCUAGAGUCCAAGUAUCUGGAACCAUGUUUCCUUCUGGUUCCUUCUGGGCGUCUGACUUGAAGUUUCAUUCUUCUCUGGGUUACAUCCUGCAGCAGUGUGGGCAGGGCUGCUCUCUCCAGGCACAGGAGUACUGGGUGGCCUUCCUGCACAGUGCCUGCCCCAUGUAAGUGGGCAGUGCCACCUCACAGCUACUGGGCCUUCCCUGGGCCUGGGAGCCCCCUGGGUAUUCCCAGGUAGACCAAGACCCGUCACAAAGACUGGCCACCCCACUGUGUGUGUGUGUGUGCGCGCGUGCAUGAGUGUGCACACAAGUGUGAGCGUAUGCGUGCUGCCCUGCAUCCCUCCACGUGGCCCUUCUACACUACAAUUUAAGAUGUUGCCUCGUGUUGUACAUUCUGGGGAAAGCCUUGGGUGUAAAUCAGUGUAAACUUGGAAGAGAGAUUUUUCUAUCAUGUAGAGUAGGUAUUUUUUAUAGAUUGAAGGUUGAUCAAUUUUUUAAUACUUUCCACAGAGAAAAACUAUCUGUGUAUACACAUGAAAUAUAUAUAUAUAUAUAUAUACAUAUGUAUAAUAUAUAAAUACUGGAGCCCUGCCUUUCUGUGCCCAGGUCCCAGCCCUGUAACACGGGCUAUGGCCUGUCCUGCUGCCCACUCAGCAGUGCUGUGACUGUAAACACUAGUUUCCAGGAGAUACUGAGAGACACACCAAUGACCAACUUGCACGUGGCGCCUGCAUCAACUCCUGAGAAAUGAUUCCUCCUGCUUGGACACAGGAGGAUGGAAGGCCAGCAGGGUCCUGCCCAAUGUGUUGGCCACCACAGAUUAAAGCUGUUACCACACACACAAA